AUGAUUAAAAGUAUACUAAAUCAAAGAUUAUACCAAUCUUCAAUUAGAUUAAAUCAUCAUUCAUCGUUGUUGAACAAUGUAAACAACAUUAAUCAAUCAUUAUUUAAUCAUAAAGAAUGUUAUAAUUAUCAUUCAACAACAAGUACGAGUAAAUCAAAUGUAUCAUCAUCAUUAUUUAAAUCUUCAUCUUCUUCACCUUUAUCUUUAUUAUCUUCAUUAAGAUUAAACAAUAACUUUGGUGGUUUAUCUUCUAAAAGAUGUUAUUCAACUCAACCUUCAUCUACAACUGCAACUACAACAACAACAUCUCAACAACCAGAAGUUACAACUAUUACAAUGGAACAAUUGAUGAGUAUAUUACCAAAAGAUGACCCAUCAUUGAUAGAGAUUACUGGACUGCCAUCAUUGAUAGAGGUGUGUUUGAAUGCACUUCAUACAUCGACAGGAUUAUCUUGGUUGGUGAUUGUACCCGUAUACACUCUAUUGCUACGUAGUGCGUUGUUUCCAUUUGCAAUCAAACAACGUGUCAAUGUAGCAAGAAUCAUGGAGAUUAGACCACAACUAGAUGAAUUCAAAAGAAUAUCAAAAGAGAAUCGAGCCAAAGGAAUAUCAAACUAUGAAAACUCAAACAAGAUUACAGCGCUACUCAAAGAAAAGAAGUGUCAUCCAGCACUUUCAUACAUAUUUCCAUUGGCCAACUUACCAUUCUUUAUAUCUACCAUUUUGGCUAUUCGUGGUAUGGCAGAGACAUUCCCAUCACUAAAGGAUGCUGGUAUGUUGUGGUUUACCGAUCUCUCUAUACCAGACUCUACCUAUAUCCUUCCAGUCACUUGUAGUGUCCUCUACCUCGCAAUCAAUGAAUUAUCGCUUGCCAAAUCAGAUUCUCUCAUUCUUAAAACUUUAUCAUGGUUUGCACGUGCUCUAUCAAUUGCAAUCAUUCCAUUUAGUUAUACUAUUCCAAAUUUGGUAUAUUUCUAUUGGAUUCCAUCAAGUCUCUUUACACUUGGACAAUUAUUUGUAUUCAAGUCAGAGAGAAUGUGUAAAUUAUUAAAUGCUCCAUACUUUGCAAGCAUGGCUCCACCCAUUCAACAAAUUAUUUAUACUCCUCAAAGCCCUCCACCAAAGGCUUCUAGUAUUACCAUUGAAUCAGAUGUAAAUAAUAUUCAACCAGGUCGAAAUAGUCAUAUAGUCAAAGAGAAAUUUGAGAGAAAGAAAAAGAAAUAG